GCUCCACUUUAGCGUAUCUUAGCUUUCUACAAUAGCUGAAAUACAAAACCAAGCUGCACAGUUAUUUGCUCCAUUUUGGGGGCUCAGACAGAUUACUUACAGUUAACUAAAAAAUGAAAUUAGAAAGCAGAAGCUUCAAUCAGUCCUUUUUCAAGAUAGCUUUGAUGGCUAUUUCCACUCUCAUUUGGACGUUCAGCUUCCAUUUUUUAGCAACGAUUGCCAGUGAUUUGCCUCCAAGGAGCAGCUUAGAAACGUAUAUUGUUCAUGUUGAGGCACCUGAUGCUGAAAUAGUUAGAGACUCAUCAGAAGACUUAGAAAGCUGGUAUUCUUCUUUUCUAUCAACGACCACAGCAAGCUCAAAUGAUGAGGGCUUGCCGUCCCGGCUUGUUUAUUCCUACUACAAUGUGUUCACAGGAUUUGCUGCGAGAUUAUCUGAGGGAGAAGUGAAACAAAUGGAGAAGAAGAAAGGCUUCAUAUCUGCGCAGCCCCAACAACAAUUGUCUCUACACACGACUCAUUCUCCUGCUUUUCUUGGGUUACAACAGAAUAUGGGAUUCUGGGAAGAAUCCAAUUACGGCAAAGGUGUGAUCAUUGGAGUCAUAGACACUGGAAUCACUCCGGACCAUCCAUCAUUCAGCGAUGAAGGAAUGCCUCCACCACCUGCUAAAUGGAAGGGAAAGUGUGAAUUCAGCUUUGCAUCCCAAUGUAACAAUAAACUUAUUGGAGCAAGACAUUUCAGCGUUGGAAACGGCACACCACUGGAUGAGAACGGCCAUGGUACUCAUACUGCAAGCACUGCUGCGGGAAACUAUGUCAAAGGUGCCAAUGUCUAUGGAAAUGCUAAUGGGACUGCUGUUGGCGUAGCUCCUCUUGCUCACUUGGCAAUUUAUAAAGUAUGUCGUACUGAUGGAAAAUGCAAUGAGUGCGACAUUUUGGCCGCAAUGGAUGCUGCUAUUACAGACGGAGUAGAUGUGAUGUCCCUUUCCCUUGGUAACAAAUCUAUACCUUUCUACGCUGAUAAUAUUGCUAUUGGUGCAUACCGUGCAAUGGAGAAAGGCAUCUUCGUUAGUUGCUCUGCUGGAAAUAAUGGUCCUUCGACUGAGUCUCUGACUAACGAGGCCCCGUGGGUUCUCACUGUUGGUGCAAGCACCAUAGACAGAAAGAUAAGGGCCAGUGCUUUGCUUGGAAAUCAUGAGGUUUUAGAGGGAGAAUCAGCUUUCCAGCCUGUGGACUUCCCUUCAACCUUGUUACCUCUAGUUUAUCCUGGAUCUGAGGCUGCAUACUGUAGCUCCGAAUCAUUAAACAGCGUUGAUGUCAAAGGAAAAGUAGUGUUAUGUCAGACAGGUAAGAUAUCAGCAAUUACCAAAGGGCGAAUUGUGAAGGCUGCUGGUGGUGCUGCAAUGAUCAUCAUGAACCAGGAGCAUGAGGGCUAUACAACAUCAGCCGACGCUCAUGUUCUACCUGCAACAGAUGUGAGUUAUGCUGAUGCAGUCAAGAUAAUGACUUACACGAGCUCUACAAACUCGCCCACAGCAACAAUAUUCUUCAACGGAACCGCCAUUGGAGAUUUUCAUGCUCCAGUGGUUGCUUCAUUUUCUUCUAGAGGUCCAAAUCAGGCAAGCCCUGGCAUUCUCAAACCAGACAUCAUAGGUCCUGGAGUAAACAUCCUUGCAGCAUGGCAUAAAUCUGUGGAUAACAACACAAAUACAAAAGCCACGUUCAACAUAAUCUCUGGCACUUCAAUGUCCUGUCCUCAUCUUAGCGGUGUGGCAGCUUUGCUCAAGAGUGCACACCCUGAUUGGUCUCCUGCUGCCAUUAAAUCUGCAAUUGUGACAACGGCUGAUAGCCUGAACCUUGAAACCCAGCCUAUUGAGGAUCAGACGCUCCAACCUGCGAAUGUCUUCGCCACUGGCGCAGGCCAUGUGAACCCAUCGGCGGCAAACAAUCCAGGACUAGUCUACGACAUUGAACCUAAUGACUACAUACCGUAUUUAUGCGGGCUAUAUAACAAUGACAUGGCUGUUAGGCUCAUUCUGCAACGUCCAGUGAGUUGCUCAGCGGAAUCAAGUAUCCCGGAAGCACAACUAAAUUAUCCUUCUUUUUCAAUCAUUCUGGGAUCAAAUUUGGUGAGAUAUACAAGGACAGUGACCAAUGUUGGCGAGGCUAAUUCAUCUUACACAGUCCAUAUGGCCCCACCAGCUGGUGUAGACGUGACUGUGGAACCAAGCACGCUCAACUUCUCAGGGUUGAACCAGAGAAUCACGUACACAGUUACAUUCGCCCGAUUGGCAAAUUCUGGUAGUGCUGGCUAUUCUCAAGGACUUCUUACGUGGAAUUCAGACAAGCACUCUGUUAGGAGUCCAAUUUCAGUGAUUCUAAAUUCUAUGUAAAAGGUUGUGGCAAAACUCAGUAACCUAGGUGGAAUCUAUACCAUCUAAGUCAAGUUAGAAAUCUCGCCGGACUUGUUUUCUGAAGUUACCUUUUCGUUAUUAGUGACUGUAAGCACCUCGGGCACCCUACGAGGCCUACUAAAUUCACAUUAAAGGGUAAAAAACAAAAAUUCCGGUGAUAUAGUUAUUCUAUAGAAAA